AUGAAUGGUUAUAUAUUUUCAAGUCUUUAUUUUACUAUACUUACUUUUCUUCUUUCUGUUCAAUUCACAUCAUCACUCGAUUGUUUUGAUUGUAAGAAUUGUGAUAGUAUAGCAUCAUGUACAUGUGACACUAUAAAGUAUGUUGAUGCAAAAAAUUCAUAUUGUAUUCUGUUACGAGAAACUUCACAAGGUGCAACUAAUUUUGAAAUACGUCAUAUUCCAUGGGAUUAUACACCCUAUAUAUCUGAUCCAUAUCAUAUAUCAGUAGUAGAAACGAUUUCCUACAAUGAAAUAACUCGACGUUGGUUCAGUAUAUCAAAUAAAAUAAUUUAUGCAUGCCAAACAGAUCGAUGUAAUCGAGCUGAUCUAUUAAAGCAAUUACCUGCUAAUGGUUUAUCAUUAAUGUUACCUAACAAUUGGCUUAGUGACAAUCUCCUACGUAAAUCAAGUACAGACACGAUAAUAUGUCGUGAGUGUGUUAGUGAAAACAAAUGUAAUAAUGGAACAAGAAUUAUAAAAGCUGAUCAAUGUAAUGUAAAAAUUUGUCAAGGUGCAUGUCUAAUGGAUGAAAAAUUUGAUACAACUGAUACGACGCAAUUUUGUUAUGAAUCAGUAUGUAACGAUGAUGAAUCAGUUGAUCCAAAAUUUCUAUUGUCACAAAUAACUAUUACUGCUGUUUAUUAUAUAAAUAAAAAACAAUUAGAAACUGUUGAGAUGAAUGUCGUAUGUAAUGGAGCUGAUUGCUCUCGAUUACAAAUAUUUACAGAUAUAAGAAACAAAUUAGAAAAAGAUCUUAAUAAUAUAAAACCAUUUUUACCUAUGAAUCAUGGAAAUACUAUUUACUCAACGUCAUUUAUUUUUCUAAUCAUGGCCUUGCUACAGGCAUUUACUCCCUACUGA